AUGAUUCAAAAACUUCUUUCAGAUAUAUUAAACAAAAUUUUGGGAAAUUUUAUUUAUGGAUUAAAUGAUGAACAGUUUGGUUUAAGUGAUUUACUCAGUGGGAAAUUAGAAUUAACGAAUAUUCAUUUUAAGCAAUCUGUUAUUGAUUUACUUGAUAUCCCGUGUAGGUUAAAUUUUGGAUGUGUUGGAUAUUUUAAAAUUAAUUUGCCCCUUUUUUAUUUUAUGAAAAAUCCAAUAAAUAUAUAUAUAGAAGAUGUUAUAAUAGUAUUAUCUACGAUUCCUUCCAAAUAUUGGGAUGAUAAACUAUUUAAAGAAAAAUAUAUAGAGAACAAAAAAAAUUUAUUAUUGUCUUCUGAAUACAGAGCCAUUGUAUGUUCAGUGGAAGGCGGGGUUAUAUGGCAAAUGAUUUUAUCGUUAAUCAAUAAUAUAUAUAUAUCUAUUAAAAAUGUUCAUAUUAGAAUUGAAGAUUUUACUAGCAAUCCUUCUAAUUGCUUUUCUUUUGGAAUAAACAUAGAAGAAUUAUUUUUAAAUUUACCUAAAGAGGGACUUCCUUUUAAAAGGGAUGGAUAUUAUACCAAAAAAAAUGAAUUGGUUAAUAAUACUAUGAUCAAUAUGAUCACUGUCAAGAAAUUAGGUUUUUAUAUGGAUUAUUUAAAUAUGAAAAAAAUGAUGAAUAAAAAGCAUUACUCCCAAUGGAAUGAUAUAUUUAUGAGUAACAUUAAUAACUCAGAUUAUGAAAAAAAAAAAAUUCCAAGAAAAAAAAACAGACGAUGUGAAAAAAAAUUUGAUCUUAAGAGCAAAAAGAAUAUUAAAAGCAAUGAAGAAAAUUUAAAAGAUUUUCAAGAAAUUAUUAAAAAUAUAAAAGAUGGAUUCUCUGAACCCCAUAUAAGUGAAAUGGGGAGUACAAGAAUAAAUAAAAUAAAUCAAAAGAUUUUAGAAUUAAAUGAAAAAAUUCUUAAAAUAAAUCAUAAUAAUAAAAAUGAUAAAAAUAAUGAAAAUAAUUAUAUAAAUAGUAAUAAAAAUAACAAUAAUAAUAAAAAUGCUAAUUUUUCCAAUUUUAAAGGUAACUUUUAUAAUUUCUACCUUUUUUCUAAAAAAGGAGAGAAAUCAGUGCCAAUACUUCAAGACUUUAAUAUUGAUAAUGAUGUUAGCUGGAUUUCUUGUAUUGUUAAAUUUUCUGAUUCAUUAGAAAAUAAAUUAAUCAAAGAAAAAAAAGAAGAAUUAUUGAAAAAGAAAAAAAAAAAAAGCAGAGUUAACAAUAAUAAUAACAAUGAUAAUAAUAAAGUUUCAUUUAAUGAUGAAAACAUAAGAAUUCAAAAUAAAGGAAAAAAUUAUAUAAACAAAGCAGUUUCUUUCUUUUCUAUAAGUUCUUUUACAAAUAUACUCAAUAAAAAUUUUUUAAAAAGAAAUAAUAAUAAUAAUCAUAGCAAUAAUGGAAAUAAUAAUAUCAUUGAUGAUAAUGUGAAUGAAGGCUAUUUCACUACUAGAGAAAGUUUAUCUGAUCCAAAUUUUAAUAAUGAUCCCUGUAUGUCUAAAAAUAAAAAGAAAAAAAAAAGAAUCAAAAAAUAUGUACAUUUAAAAAAUAAAAAGAAAGAUGGAGAAAAAUAUUAUGACGUUAUAGAAGAUUAUGAAAAUUUUAAUAGUAAUUGCUAUAAUUAUUAUUUAGGAAAAAAUGACAAAAUUUAUUUAAAUUUUGUAAGUAAUGAAAAAAAUAGGAAAAAGGAAGAAAAGGGAAAUAAUAAUAUAGUAAGCUACUACGAAAACUACAUAGAUUUAGAAGACAAAAAAAAGGAAAAAAUUAUAGAAGAGAAUCGAAUUUUGAAAUAUAUAAAAAAGAAUGAAAUAAAAGAAAAAAUAAGAAGGAAAAAAAGGAAAAAAAUUGAUUCUGUUUAUUUAAUGUAUGAAAAAACAUAUAAAAUAAACAAAACAAAGUUAAAUUCCUUUUUCAUAUUUUUACAACUUAUCAAAAAUAUAAAACAUGAUUAUAUUAUAAAUCCGAAUUUUUUUGAGGGCUAUGGAGAAAUUUAUCUAAGUUUAAUUCCAACUGACCAUGGUGAACUUCCUUUUUCCCGAUGUUUUUCAAGUUGGGGUAUUCAAAAAAGAAGCGAAAAAGAAUUUGAAGAAUGCUUACCUAAAUUAAGUAUAUAUGUUACUUUAAAAAAUAUGAAAAUAAUUUUUUCUGAUAAACAAAUGUUUAACACUGUAAAAUGGCUAAAUUUGAACUUCUUUACAUAUUCUAUUUGGAAGGCGGGAAUAUUAUCACAAUUUGAAAAGUCUAAGGCAAAUAAUGAGGAGGAAAUUACAUAUAUAAAUAAAUGGGUGUUAAAAUUAUUGGACACUUAUAAUUCAAAAGAAGAAAAAAUAGAAGUAGAAAAAUAUUGUGAAGAAUUUGAAAAUAAUCAUUCCAUACAUAUAAUUAAUUUAUUAAGAAGUAAAGCUUUUUGUAAGUUACAAGAACUAAAAAAAGAAGUAGAAUUAAAGAAUAAUAAUAAUAUUAUUAAUCAAAAAGAAAGUAAAAAUAUAGAAAAUAAUAAUAAUAAAAAUAAUGAACUUAAACAUGUUGCAAAUGAAAGUAUCCACUUUUUAAAAAAUUUAAUGAAAAAUCAAAAAACAUAUAAUAAAAUAAAAAAUUCAUUCAGAGAAAAAAUUUUUACUAUUGAUUUAUGUGUUGAUAUUUGUAUAACAAACAGUGCAUUUUUAUUAACAGUGGAAACAUAUAAUACUAUAAAUAAUAGAAAAGCUAAUUUUGUUAAAAUUUAUGCUCUUUUAAUGCAAUGCUUACAUUAUCAUAAUCAGAUAUCUAACACACAUGAAUUAAGAAAUUCAAUAGAUGUAGAAUUGUAUCCAUUAACUUUGCUUCUUGUAACAAAUAAUUUAGAAAAUAAAUACAUAAAACCAGAUAUAAAUGUAUUAUAUAUACUAACAAAGGCAGACAAAAAAAAUUAUUAUGAAAAUAAACACACAAAUUUUCUCUUUAAAGGAGCAAAUUUUGAAAUUAUUAAGAAAUAUAAAUUGUUAAAAAGAAAUUAUUUUAAUAGAAAAUCGAGAGACGAAAAUGAAACAUUAAAUUUUGGUAAUUUGAGGGAAAAGUUAAAGUUUUUAACAGAAGAAAAUUUUUUUUUUUCAAAAAGACAAAAUAACAUGUAUUGUGACGAAUUAAAUGAUAUAAUGUUUUAUGACCCUUCUUUAUACUUAAGAUAUGAUAAUCAAUCAUAUACAAUAUUAGAAAAACCAGAUCAUAGAUUAUUUUUACAUAAUUGUGCAUAUUCUAUAUUAAAUAUAAAUACAGAAAUAGUAAAUUCAUUUAUUGAUGAUUAUUUUCAUUUUACGGAUAGAAGAGCAGUGUUAUCAAAGAAAAAAGAAAAAAAAUUUUCUUUUAAAAAAAAAGAAUACUUUUUAGAAUUAGGUGCCAAAUAUUGUAAUGAUAUUUUAGACAAUUAUACCAGACAUACUAAUGUUUUUUUAGAUAUAGAAUUAGAAAAAAUUCUAUCAGUUAUUAUUACAAAAUCAGGAAAAAGUACAGAAAUUCAAGGAUAUAGUUUAAGUCUUAACCCUGUUAAAAUCAUGAGUAAAUUAUCAACAAGAUUAAAAUCUUAUGAAGGAUCUACAAAAAAUAGUCUUUAUGAUUCUUUUUUUGUUCAUUUUAAUGGAAUUAAGAUAAAGAGAAUACUCAAUUGGCCUCAAGCUGCAAAAAAUUAUAACACUUACUUAGAUGAUAACUUUAUUAAACCUUAUCAUCUUCUAUUUUUAUCUCAAAACAAAGAUUUUUUUUUAGAUAAAAAUAGAACUCCAGAUAAGUUUUCAUUUAAUCUAAGUGACAAAAAGAAUAAAGAAAUUAAAGAUGGAGAUAACAUUAAAAAUAAAAAUAUCAUUAUUAAUUCAAAUAAUAGUAAUAAUAAUAGCCUUAAUAAUUGUAGUGAUGGAAACAAAUCUGAAAUAUAUGGUUUGCGAAUAAGUAAAAAAAAUUCAUACAACACUUGUUCUAUUUCUGAAUAUAACAAUAGAAGAAAAAUAAGUGUUAAAAGGUCUUCAAGUUGCCCAUGUAAUAAUUUUAAUAACUUAAAUUUAUCCAGAAAUGAUAUAGAAGAUAAACGUAGUGAAAAACAAAAUUCCAACUUAAACGAAAAUAGUAAACAAAUAAAUUUAACAAAUAAAAAAUAUAAUUUAUUUUUUUUUAAAUCAUGUCUUAAUCCACUUCAAGAAGAAGAAGAAGAACUAAAAAGUGACGAUUUUUACAAAAAUUAUAAAAAUAAUUGGAACAGUAUGACCAAUAUUUAUGGUAUUGACGAUAUAAUUUUUAAAAAUAAGAAAAAAAACAUUAAUGAUUCCAAUUAUGUUUUUACAAUGAGUGAAAAAACAUUCUGUUCCAUUGAAUUGUGCCAUAUUAAAUUUAAUCCUAUUUACCCUAUGUUUAUUAUUAAAAUAAAUGAAGAAGAUCUAUACAUUAAUAUCUGCGAUUAUGAUAUUGAAUUUUUUUUUCUCAUAUUUACGGAUAUUUAUGAGCAUUACACAUUACAAGAAUUAACAAAUAAAAAAAAAAAUAUUUUAUUUUUAAAAAAAAAAAUAAAGUCAUUAUCUAAAUUAAACAGCAAAUAUUAUAAAUCAAAGAUUAUUGAUAAUAAUGGGAUGUCCUAUAACAGCUAUAAUUUAUCCAUUUUAAAGAAAAAAUCUUCUCAUAAAAAAAAAGUUACUAAUGAAAAAAAAAGAAGUGAUAAAAAGGGAAAAACUAAAUAUUUAAAAAAAAGAGAGAAAUAUGAAAAAUGUCUCACUGAUAAAAGAGCAACUUUAAAAAACAACAAUCUUAUAUUAGAUGAUAUCAAGAAAAAAAAAUUGCUUAAAAAAGAAAGUUCAAAAAGUUUUAAUUUAGAACAAAAUAAGGAAACUAAGAUGAAUAAUUGCAUAGAAAAUGUAACAAAAAAAGUGGAAAAUAUGAAGAAAUAUCAUGGAAGCAAUAAGGAAACAUUUACUAGAUAUUUAAGUGAUAGUAACAUUGGAGUAAAUAAAACAAAAUUGUCUAUUUCAAAAUAUAAAAAUAAUUCCAUCACAAAUAAUUCUGUAAAACAAUUUCAUGAAUAUGAUGAAUAUAAUAUUAGUAGAAAAAAUAAUGCCUAUAUUUCUUUUAACUGUGAUGGAAAUAAAACAAAAGGGAAAUUUUCUAAUUCAAUAAUGCAAAAUAAAAAGAUAAGUGAAACAGAUAAUGGUAAUUUUCACCUUAAUAAUGAUGAAAAAAAGAGCACAUUAAAUCGAAAUAUUAGUAAUAUUAUAAAUCUAAAUGAAUUUUCUGAUUCUUAUCUGUUAAAUAAAAGAAGAGUAUUAAUGAGGGAAGAAAAUUAUUAUUCCAAUUCAUCAUCUCUUAGUUAUUAUAUACAUAAUUCAUAUAAAAAAAGUAAAAAAAAAGAAGGAAACAAAAACAAAAAAACAAAAAGAAAAAAAAAAAAAUCAAAAAUAAAAGCAGCAAAAACGUAUGAAAACAUCUCUUCUGAAGACGAUUCAUGGGUUGAUUUAGUAGAAAAUUAUGAAAGUGAUGAAUCAUUAGAUGAUUUUGAAAAGAAAAAAGUGAAAAAUAUGUUAAAUGAUAUAGAAAAUAUUAAAAAAAGAUUAUCUAAUGAUAAUUUUACUAUUACGUGCAGUUUUUCUUUUUCUAUUAAAAAAAUAUUUAUACGAUUAUGGAAAAGAAAAAGUCCACUGAAGCAGAAAAACAAAUAUAAUGAUCUCAAGUAUUUUAGUAGUUUUCAUUUAUUAGAAAACCUUUCAAACUCAGAAAAUAAAAAUAAAUUCUGUGAAAAUAAAACAAAAUUAAAUAGUGAAUUCGAUGAAUACAAAAUGGAUAAUGAAAAUAGCUGUAAUGUGACAAGUAUAUUAAAAGAACAAGAAAUGGAUAUUUUGCAUUGUAACAAAAAAAAUAAUAUUCAAGGAGAAAAUGAAGAUUCCUUUUUCUUUAAUAAAAAUUUUAUUACUUUAAAUGAAAACUUGCAAAAAAAUAUGUUUAAUAAUAUGCAAAAUGCCUUUCCAUUGUAUACUUUAAUUUUUUCUGACAUUUUUUUUGUUGCUAAAGUUGAAAAAAAUAGUUGUGCAUAUGUUUUAUAUUCUAUAGAUAAUAUAGAUAUAAGAGAUGAAACAAAUAUUACAUUAUUAAGUAUGAGUUCUAUUUAUCACAGUGAUUUGAAAAUAGUGAAAAAAAGCACAUUUUCAAAUUAUGAAAAGUUAAGAAAUAUAGCAAAGUUAGAUAAUACAAGUAACAAAGAAAAGAGAAAUAAAAUACAAUCAAAAAAUGAAUAUAAACUUAUGGAAACAAAAGAUACAUUUUUAAAUAAUUGUGUAUACAAAAUUGAUUUACCAGACCUUGAAAAGACACAUCUUGUUCUAAUAUAUUAUGGUUUCCUAUUUAAAAAUAAUCAUUCUUUUAAAUUUAUUUUAAAUAAGAUGAAAAUUAAAAUUUUUUGGGAGAUAAUAGAUGAAUUUGUUGUGUGGAUUUUAAACAUAAAUGAUUUAUUACCAAAAAUGCAUGUAAUUGAAAAAGAAAUAAUCCGUAAUUUAGAUGAAAGUGAAAAUAAGCAUUUAAAUUGCUUACAAAAAAUUCAACAAAUAAAUUAUGAUAUUUUAUAUUUUAAUACAAAAAGUUUUUCCUCUUCUUCAGUAGAAGGAUACAAAAUACCUUAUAAUAUUUUAAUAAAUUAUUAUAAUUUAAAAUUUUCGAUUUAUGGUAGUGAUAAUACUGAUUAUGAUAAAGAAGAAAAUACAAUAUUUCAUAAAAGAGAAGAAGAAGAAAAUGAAGAAUUUUAUAUUAUUACUAAUGAUAAAUUAUAUAGUAAUAAUAAUAAUAUUAUAUUCAUUAAUAAUAAAACAGAUAUAAAUAAAACUAUAAAGGAUAUAUUAUUUAAUGAAAAUUACUUUUUUAACUAUAAUUUUAACAAAGUUAACAAAAACAGAAAUAUUGGUAAUAUUUUAAGUGGAAUUGAUCUAAAAGAUGUUGAUAGUGAUAAUAAGAAUAAAUAUAUAGAAAAAAAAAGCUCUAUGAAAUCAGCUCGAUCCCUUCUACAUGAUUCUUCAUUUAAUAAACAGAAGGAUACAUUUAUAAGAAAAGAGCAAUUUUUUGAAUUAUGCGAUAAUGAUUUAAAAAAAAAAGAAUUAUACGAUGAUUUAAAAGAUGAAGAAAACUGCUCCGAUUGUUGCCAUAUGAUGAAUUUACAUUAUACUUCAUACACAAAAGAAUUAUGUAAAACAAAAGAUUAUCCAUAUGUUCACAUAGAUGUAGAAAUAAAUUACUUUGAAAUUUGGGUAUCAUUAGAUCCAAUUAGAAUACCACAAAAAAAAACGAAUUACUUAAUAAAUAAUAUAAAUAAAAAACAUUUUCUUAAUGGAAAAAAAAAAAAAAAAAUGAAAAAUGAGGGAUCAUCAAUGAAAAUAAAGAAAAAAAACACAAUAAAGAACAAGAAAACAAGGGAAAAUGAGCAUAUUAGGGAGAGAAAUUCACAUAACUAUAAAAAUAUAGUUGAAUGUGAAGGAGAAGAAGAAAAAAAAAAAAAAAAUUUUCGUGAAAAAAUUAAAUAUUACAAAAAUAUUAAUAUAGAAAAACCCUAUGUUUUAGCAACAAAAGGUUGCUUAAAGUCUGUCAUUUUUUUUUUAUUGUAUGAUGAAAAAAAACAAAAAAAUGAUAAGAUAAGUGAAGAUGAUGAAGAUGAAAAAAAUAAUGAUUUAAGAAAAUUAGAAAGUGCAGAAACUGUAAUAAAAUCGAAUGACUUUCUUGAAGAAUGUGACAAAAAAACUACCCUAAAAAAUAAAUUAAUAGAGACAUUAAAUUAUUCAAAUUUAAAUAAUGUUUUAGAUGUAAAAGAUGCUUUAAAAAGUAAUUUUAUGUAUUUCCUUAAUUAUAUAUCAUCAUUUCUUCCGUGUAUUAUGAAUAUGAAUAUAUUUCUUUCUCAAAUCACUAGUGCUAUCAGUAAACCAGUAACAAAAAAUUCAUUUUUAAAAGCAUAUAUUGAUUGGAAUAAUGUUCCUUAUAAUAAUAUCCUUUUACAACCAUGUAGAUUAAACUUCAAUUUUGAAAUCAAGUUACCCAGUUCUGAGGCUUUAUUAGAAAGAUUUUUAGGAAUUAAUUUAAUAACAAGCUUAAAACUUCUAAAAAAAAAUAAUUUAAUUUAUCAAAACGAGGUUGAAGGAAUAGACAUAAAUUUUAGUUUUGAACCCAUAGUUCUUAAUGUAGAUUCUAAUUCAUUAACUUUAUUAAAUCAGUUAUAUAAUAUUAUAUGUGAUUCUUAUAGCUAUUUCAUACAAUUGUACUCCUCGAAAACUAAAGAGGAAAGAGAUUCUUACAUGAUUAAUUCAUACAAUGACCCUUUUUAUGAUAGUUUAGCUGAUUUAAUGCUAUCUGAUAAUUUUUAUUUUGAUGUUAAUGAUACAUCAUCAGUUAUCAAUUUAAGUGAUAAUUUGUUAAACAAUUCAGAAUUAAUUUCUAAUGAAAGUGAUAUAGAAAAGAAGUUAUCUUUUAAAAAAUCAGAAAAAAAUUUAAAUUCAAAUGCAAAUAAUGAUCUUGACAGAUUAUAUAUCAGUUUUUAUUUAAAUAGUAAUAAUUCAUAUGCAAAAAAUUUAAGUAAAUUAGCAGUUAAAGAAAAAGAUAAGGGAGAGAAAAAAGAAGAAAGCAAAAAGGAGAUAGAAAGGAAAGAGAAAAAAAAAGAAGAGAAAAAUAAGAAAGACAUGAAAAAGGAAGAAGAAGAAGAAAAAGAAAAAGAGGGUAAUGAAGAAAUAUUAUCUACAAAUAAAUCUGAAAAUAGUAUUAAAGAAGAAGAUAAUAAUUUUUUGAGUAGUAAUUCUGAUACAAAAAUAAAAAAUGAAAAAUUUAUAAUGGACUAUAGUUUACUUAGUAUGUUAAUUUUGAAUUUCAUAGAAAAUAUAAGGGUAAAUUUUAAUAUAAAUUUUGAUAUUAUCAUUUUUCAAAUAUGGGACUCCAAUACAGCCUACAAUAGAUGUUCUUUAAAUUUUGUUAUAGAAUAUUUCCGUAUUAAUUUUUAUACCUUAAAUAUAUAUGAAAAGGAUUUACGCAAUGAUAGCUUGGAACUAUUUAAAUUAAAAAAGAAUUCUUCAUAUCAAAAAAAAAAUUUUAAUUUAAAUGACAAAAUUACAAAUAAUAAAGAAUUUAUUAUGAAUUAUAAAAAAAGUGAUGCCUUUAAGAAAAAUAUAAAAUCCUCUUUAAUUAAAAAACAAAAUUUAGAUUGUUCCACAUAUGAUGAUAAAAUGUUAAGGGAGUAUAAUAAUGAUGGUUGUAAAUUCAAUUCAUGUAAAUCUAAUAUUAUUUAUUCAUAUAAUAACGAAAAAAAAAAUAGAAACAACAUAUAUAUAUCUAGUAAAACUGCAGUAGUUUCCAAUAAAAAUACUCCUUCAAAAUAUUAUAAUGAAAAAAGAACAAUAUCAUUGAAUAAUGAUUAUAAUAAAAUUGUCAUACAAAAAAUGAAUGAAAUAAAUGAUAAAUAUCUAUAUAAUACAGGAAAUUUUGAUAAUAAUUUAAAUGAUUCAUGCAUCUCUAAGUAUGAAACAUUAAAUACAUUUAAAAAAGAAACUAACAAAGUUAAGAGGGAUAAGGGAAUAUGGAAAUUAUUUAAUAAGGAAAAUUUUAUUAAAAAUUUAAAGCAAUUUAAAAUAGAAAUAAUAAAAAUUUUUAAAAAAAUUUUUUGUAGAAAAAAAAUUGAUGAUGAUUUAGAAUUCACUGAGAUAGAGGGGAAAAAUAACAUAAAAGUAGAAAGUAAUAAAUAUAAAAACAUUAAUAAAAUUUUUCUAAAAAACGAAUCUAUGUAUAAUAAUAUUAAAAAUUAUAAUGAAAAUAAAAAAGGUAAAAAUGUCGAAUGUAAGAUAGAAUUUUUAAUAUAUUGUCAAAAUUUUAAUAAAAAAGAAAAUUCUUAUCAAACAUUUAUUGAACCUAUAUGUACUGAAAUUAUUGCAAUAAAAAAAAAAUUAAGCUCUCCAAUUCAUUUAUAUUAUUAUUUUUCAUGGUUAAAUAUUAACUUGAAUUUUAACUUCUUAGAUAAUCUUUUAUCAUUGUGCUGUAGCGUUAUUUUUUCAAUGAUAACUCAAAGAACACGAUUAUUACUGGGGAGACAUAUUAAUGAUAUAGAUAAAAAAAAAAAUUAUAAAAAAAUUAAUGAAACAAAUAAAAACGAUAAAAUUGAUGAUACUUCAUCGAAAUAUCCAUAUACAAAUAACACAGUUUAUCAAACUGAAUAUGAUGAAACCAAUACAGAGAAAAAAAAUGUAAGUGAAGUAGAUGAUACCCUUACAUCAAUGUUAUUACCAAAUUAUUAUGGGGCAUUUAAUGAUGAACAAUACAAAGACUUAAUUCUUAUGACUAAUGAAAAUCUACUUUUCAGAUAUAAUAAACUUGACGUUUUACGAAUUGUAAAUAGAUCGUUAGAUACUUAUAUAUUCGGUGAAUUAAUAUUAGAAAAGUUGCUUAGAAAUUAUCAAUACUCUUGUCAGUAUCCAGGUGAUUAUUUAGCAAAGUAUGAAAAUGAAUUUAAUGUAGAAAAAUUAAAUACACAUUCCCAACAAGUUCUACAUAUUAAAUUAUUUAAUUAUAUUAAAAAAAAAAAAAGAUUAGAAAUGAAUAAUAUUUGUAAGAUAAAUAAUUUAUUGGGGCAACCAAUAGCCAUUUGUACAAUACAAGAAAAAAAAUGCUCAUAUAAAGAUACAAAUAAAAAGAAUGAGAAAAAUGAAAAAAAAAACAAAGAGAACUAUAUUAAUAAAUUAGAAGUAUUACAAACUAGUAAAAAUGAUAUAAAAAAUGAACAACUGUUAAAAAAUGAUUCAAAUAAUAGUAAUUCUAGUAUAACAAAAAGAGAUGACAAAAAGAAUCAAAAUAAGAAAAAAUAUGACAAAUACAAAAAAAUUAAUAAAGAAAAUAUUAUAAAAGAAUAUAGAAGACAAAAAAAAAAUAUAGAUAAUUUUAAAAGUAAUAAUUAUCAUAUCAUUGAUUCGGAUUCUUCUAUAAAUAAAAAUAAAGAUACUUUAAAAUAUCAGUGGAAAAUAAUUAGUAAUAAUGAAUCACUAGAUUUACCAACUCAUGCAAACGGAAAAGUAAAAUUUUUUCUUAUUCGAUUUAGAUUACUUAAUUAUAUUUAUGAUAUUCCUUCUAAUAUUCUUAAUACUGAAAAAGAAAAUGAAGAUGUUUUAAGAUUAAUUAUUCCGGAAAGGAGGCUACCAGCUAAUAUAAAUGAAAAAGUAGAACAAGAUAUAUACAAUGAAGAAUUAUUAGAAAUGGAAAAUUAUUCAUCUGGUAGUAAUCCUAUUACUCUUUAUCCUACCAAUUAUAGCUUCAAUAAAUAUUAUACUAACCAAGAUGAGUCAUGGUGCCCUUCUAAUAUUCCUCAACCGCGUAACCAUUUAUUUAUCUAUUUCAGAACAAGCAGUAGAGUUAGUCAUGAAGAAAAACAAGAAUAUGAUUUUUUUAUAUCAUCUAUUGUGGCUAUUAAAAACAACACAGAUUUCCCCCUUUAUAUAUUUAAAUCUGUUCCAGGGAAUGUUAACAAAACUAGUAUUUUUAAAGAAUAUUUUCAUAAAUAUAACACAAAACCAACCCCUCCACCUACUUAUACAUUAAAAAUUGACAAAAAAAUAGAAAAAUUAAUUGAAUAUAAGAUGAAUGCAAAUGAUUAUUCCAAUGAAAAAAAGAAAAAAAGAAAUGGAAAUGAAUAUAAUAUGGACAAAAAAAAAGUGUUCCACAAUAAUAAUUUUUUUAAUGAUAAUAGUGAUGAUAAAACAAGAAAGAACAAUCAUGCACAAAGUAAUUUCUACUUAAAAAACAGAAAAAUAAUUAAAAAUAUAUUACCAUUAAUGAAAUUAUCGUCAAUUGAGCAUUACAUAUCAGGAGACAUUAAAUUUAGUUCUUUAGCUCCUUUGAAGUAUAAAAAAAAGAAAAGUGGAAAAAACAGAUUAAAAUAUGAAUUUCAAAAAAAAAUAAUAAAAAGGAAAAUUAAGGAAUUAUAUAUAAAAAACGCGUUAAGUAAAACAAAACGAAAAAAAAUUGAUAAAAGUGAAAAAAAAUAUCUUAGUAAUGAGAAGAAUGAAGAAUUUAACUAUCUACCUAAAUCAUAUAAAAAUAUAAUGUCUCUAAAUGACCCUUUUUUUAGUUUUAUGAAAAAAUCAUCUACUUCUGUUUCUAAGAAACUAUCUAAUGAUUCUUUACCCAUAACAGAUUUAUCAAAUAUUAGUUUAUCCUCUUUAUCCAAUUCUUUUUUUUCUAAUCAUAGUAAAACUUCUUCGUAUGAUAAUUCUUUGUAUGAUUAUGAUAAAGAGAAUUGUGAAGAACAAGCUUUAUUAAAUGAAUACUUUAAAAAACAAGAGAAUAAAAAUAUAUUAGAUCUUAUUGAGAUAUCUAACAACUGUAAUAAAUUAAUACCAAUACCUCUAUAUUGGCUCGUAGCUGAAAACUCAUUUAUAUGGAUAUGCAUACAAAAUGAAAAAAUUCAUAAAACUAAUUUAUAUGACUUUUUAGAUAAUGAAAAAAAUGCCGAUUAUUUAUGUUCUAAGAAUACCUUAGAUAAUAUGUUAAAUUAUAAAUCUCCAUUUUUAGCAGAAACAUUGAAACAUUUUAAACCACAUUUAAUUAAAUUGAAAAAUCAUUUAUUAAAAGAAAAUAAAAUUUUAAGAAAAGACAAGAAAAAUAACGAAAGUUUUAUUAAUAAUUAUAAUAUAAAUUAUAUGAAUUUAAAGGAUCUUUAUUUUACUUCAUCUAUUAUUAGUGUAUAUAACCCUAAUUAUGUUUUAAAUAAAAAAGAUGCUCAUAAUUUUUAUCAAAUAAGUAUUGAACAUGUAUUAAUGAUUAAUAAUGGACUACCCAAAACUAUAUUUUUAUAUUAUGAAAUUUUAAAAAAUAAUUCCAAAAAAAAAAAAAAAGGAAGGAAAAAUAGUGAUAGAAGUUAUAAUUCAGCUGAUAAAUAUAAUGCAUAUAAAACAGCGGCUUAUAAUUAUGAUUCUAGUUCUUUAGAAAAUUCCUGUAAUAGUAAUAGUGACAAGAUUUGCUCAUGGAAGAAGAGUACUUUUGGAAAAGAGAAAAAUAAAAAUAAUAAUGGAAUUUUAUCUUGUGAUGAAAAUGAAGAACAAAAUGUAAAAGAAAAUAUGUUUGAUAGCAUAAAAGAAACUUCAAAUAAUAGUGAUAAAGAUAAUUUAAAUUGUUCUUAUAAUCAAAUAGAGAAAUCAGAAAUCUCUGAAGAAAAGAAAAAAUGUAAAAAUAACAAAAAAAAAGAAAAAAAAAUUACAUUGCUUAUAGACAAAUUAAAUAAAAAUUCAUUGACAGAAAAAAAUAAAAUAAAUAAAAUAGAUGAUAAUGAGAGAAGAGUGUUGGAUGAUAAGCAUUUAUUAAUAAAAAAAGUGAAUAAUGAUAAAAAUGUAUUUAUAUAUAAAAAUAUUAAAAAAGAAAAUAAUAUAGAUGAUAAAAAUUUUAAAAGUGAAAUAGAAUUAGAGAAGAUGAAUUUCAUAGUUAAUAUAAGAAAAGAUAGUAAUAAAUAUAUUUACGAAAUAAAAAUUAAUCCUGGUCAAAGUAUAAAGUUACCAUUUUUGCCUCAUAAUAUAAAUAUUUCCUUUGAUGGUUAUUAUUCAAAAAAUAUAUCAAUAAAUUAUCCACAUAAAAAAGGGAGAGAAAAAAUAAUAUUAGAGAAGGAAGCCAGUAACGAUAUAACUUCUUUUUUUACAUUUGAUUAUGAAGAGAAACAAGAAUCACAUAGGAACAUAGAAGCGAAAAGUUAUACGUAUUUUAAAAAUUUUGAUAAUUAUAAUAAUAAUAAUAGUACACAUAAUGUAAGUCAUACAAAUAAUGAUAUCUUAUAUAAAUCUAAUGAUUAUUCCAAUACAUUUUCUUUGUCUAAUAAUACAAAAGGUAUUGUGAAUUAUUUAGAAUUAAGUAAUCUAAAAAAGAAAAAAGUAGAUAAUUUAUUAGGUAAAUGUGCAAAUUUUAAAACUUCAAAAUACGAAGAAUUUCAAAAAAAAUUAACUAUAUGGGCAAUUUUUAAUGAGUUUUAUGAAACUGGAAAAAAUAGAUAUCAAGAUAUAUCUUUAGAAAAAAUUUAUCAUGGUACAUAUUCUGUUUCAUGCACAUUUUUUGCUUCAGCUUGUAUAAUAAAUAGAUUACAUUAUCCUAUUAAAUUAAAAAGAUUAAAUGAUGAAAAUGUAAUUGUUAUCGAACCAUAUGUUAGAAAAUUACUACCUUGUGAAUUUGUUUUACGUAGAAACAGAGUUAUUAUAUCGUACGAAACAUUAAAAGAAAUAAAAAAUUGGAGCAACUAUCCAUUGAAAAAAUAUAUGAUUAAAAAACCAAAAUUUAGUAAAAAACGUAAUAUUAUUAAAAAAAACAAUGAAGUGUUAAUUAGCCCAUUUAAUAAAAAAUUUACUAAUUGGAUAAACGAUUCUUUUAAAAGCAAUUCAAAUGAUGACAAAAAAGAAGAUACACAAGAUACAGAUAAUAUUAUAAGAAGAGAGAAUGAUAUUAAUAACAAUAAUAAUAAUGACAUUAUUAAUUAUAACAAUAAUAAUACUAAUAUCAAUAAUAAUAAUACUAAUAAUAAUAAUAAUAAUAAUACAGAUAAUAAUAAUAAUAAAGAUAAUAAUAAUAAUAAAGAUAAUAAUAAUAAUAAUACAGAUAAUAAUAAUAAUAAUUAUAAUAACAGUAAUAAUAAUGAUAAUGCAGAUAAUAAUAAUAAUAAUAAUAUGGAAAAAAUGAAAAUAAGAAAAAUUCAUUAUGAAAGGAAUAUUUUCAGUAAAGUAAGAAAAAAAAAAAAAAAAUGUUUUUUUUAUGGUAGUAAUGUAAAGAAACCUUUGGAAUCAGAAGAUUUUCGAAUAACAGAUUUAUCAAUUACAAGAUUAACUUGUUCUAAUAAAAAUAAUAAUAUACCCCAAUUAAAAUAUAGUGUAUAUAUGUCUAUUGCACCUAUGCCAUUUUUCAGAACUACAGUUAUGGAAAUUUUACCUUACAUAGUUAUAAUAAAUAAUACAAAAAUGAACAUAGUUUUUCAGGAAUUUAUAAAAAAUUAUACAUAUUUUAAAUAUAAUACGUUAGAACCAGGGAAUUAUGUAGAAUUUCAUCCACAAUCUAAAAAGAAAGUUAUGUUAAAAAUGUGUGGUAUUUUUCAAAAUAGUUUUAAUUAUUUAAUAGAUGAUUACUUACAAAAGGAAUUAUAUUUAGAAAGCUUGGAAAAGGAAAAAGAAAAAUCAGCCGAUGAUAUGAAAGAACAUAAUUAUAAUAUAAAAAAUAAUUCAAUCAGAUAUGAUAAAAGUGAUGAAAAUAACAUAAAAAAUAAUGAUAUAUCAAAGAGAUUAAGCGUUUUUAUCGAUAUGGAGAAAAGUAAUAACAUAAACAACCAUGCUUCAUCAAAAAAUUCUUCUAAUACUAACAAAGAAAAUUCCAAUAAAAUCAUAGAAAAUAAAAAUAAAGAUUCGUUUAAAAAUAAUAUUGUAAAAAAAUAUAAAUGUUUUGAUAAAUUUAAAUUUUUGUGUUGGUCGGAAGUUUUAGAUUUAACAAGAGUUAGUAUGGUUUAUUUUCGCCAUCCGGUUGUGUCAAAUGAUAAUUUUAAAAAAGAAGAAAAUAAACUAAAAAAGAUUAACUUUCUAUUAAAAAGGAAUGGUAAAAAUGACGUUAAGCAUCUAGAUAUUUAUAAAGAAUUAAUAAGAGAAAAAGAUAUUCCAUACGAAUACAGUUGUUGUUCAAUGGAAGUAACAACAUUUAAAGGAUGUAAAUUUGUUCGUUUUCAAGAUAUUGAUGUUGUUCCUUAUUAUUUAAUUAAUUUAACGAGAUAUGAUAUCCAAUUAAGGCAGGUAGGUAUUUAUGAACAUUCGGAAAUUUUAUAUAAAAUUCCAAAAAAAAAAAAGAAAUCAUUUGAUAAUAUAUUUAAAGAUUACGCAUUCAAUUUUUCCUUUUACAACCCAUACAAAGAUCCUAAAUUAAAGAUUAACAUAUUAUCAAGUAAAAGAAAUGAAAAAAAUAAAAUUAAAAAAAAAAAAAAUAGACAUGGGAAAGAAAAAAAUAUAAAUAAUAAAUUUACAAAUAUGUAUAAGACAAAUUUAAGAAAUGAAUUAAAUUAUUUAAGUUUAUUAGCAACAAAUUAUAUAACAGCUAAUGAAGAUGCAAAAAUUAUGAACAAUAAAAUUUUUCAUUUAAAAAAACUUUCAGAACAAGUUGAAAAUUUAAAUGACGAAAAUAUAAAUAUAAUUGAUUUAAGAGAUGGAAAUAAUAUUACUCUAUUAAAAUUAAAAAAAGGGAAUUUAUUUAUUUAUAUAUUAUGCACAAAAAAAACAUAUAAUGGUAAAACUAUUUUUUCAUUUGAAAAUUAUGAUGAUUUAAUAAAUAGUAUUUUAAAUUUCAAUAAUAUGUCUUUUAAUAAUAAAUGCAAUUAUAAAUUAUUAAAAUCAUUCAAUCUACUUAGUGGUAAAAUUAAAAGUGAAUAUAUAAAAAGUAGAUAUAUGAAACAAAACAAAAACAAAAACAAAAAUAUAAAGAAUAUAAAAAGAAAAAAGGAAAAUCAACAUUUUUGGUAUUUGCUCAAUUUAUUUAAAAAAAGAAACACAGUAAGUUCAACUGAAAAAGGUACAAAAACAAGUAAUAUUAUAACUGAUUUAUAUCAGAAAAAAGUUAUGAAUAAAGAUGAAAAAAAAAAAAUUUAUUUGAACAUGAAUAUUUUUGCACAUUUUAUUUUCAAGGGUAUAGGAAUAAGUAUAAAUAAUCAUAACUUAGAAGAAAUUUUAUAUUUCUCUAUGGAAUAUAUUCUAAUAGUUUAUAAACUAAUGAGUGAGAGAGACUUAUUUCAUAUAAAUAUUGGAUGGCUACAAAUAGAUAAUCAUACAAAAAAUACAGAUUAUCAAAAUGUGUUAUUGCCAAUUGUUGAUUUAAAAAAAAAGGAGUUAAGCAAUUUAAUUAAUACAAACGAUAAAUUUAUGGAACACAAUAGUGGAACAUUAAAAAAGUUAACUAAAGACAACACAUUAUGUAAAAAUGUGAAUAAUAAUUCAAAUGAUGCUUUUCCAUAUUAUAUUAAAGAUUACGAUAAUAAUUCAAAAAUAAACACACUCAAUAUAUUAAAUUCUUUAUGCUCAAGAAGGAAAAGUUCAUAUGAAUCAUACACUGAAAAAGACCUUUUCAUUAGUACUAAUUGGAACAAUCCCUUGUAUAAUUCUUACAAAUUAUUUGUUCCUCAAUUUUUUUAUUCAGAAUAUAAUUCUGUGUUUAGUAUUACUAUAAUUAAACAAAAAAGAGGAAAUAUGAAAAAUUUUCUGGAAUUAUCAGAAGUGAAUAUUAAAAUUUCUCCAAUGAGCUUAAAUAUUGAUUCUUAUUUUAUUAUAGAAAUAUUAAAGAUAUUUGAUGAGCUUUUAAAAAUCCUAGAUUUUGAUUUAAGUAACUAUAAUUCUCUUAAUUUAGAAAAAAAUAUAGAAUUAAAAGAUAAUGAUUUUGACAGUUUAGAAUAUAAAAAAGAUUUAGGUCCUUUAGAUGGGUUAAUAAAACAUUAUAUAUUAAAAGAUUAUUAUUUAUAUGAGCAAAUAGCAAACUUUAAAUUUAAUAUAAAUUACGAUUUAGAUAAAAGUAAUGACAAUAUAUUUAAUUCCAACGAUUUAUUUAAUAAAAAUAGCACUGAUAUAUUAGAUUUAAAAAGGUAUAUUGCUAUGAUAAAUGAAUAUAAAAACUUAGAAAAAAAAAAAAAACAAUUUGACGAUCAAGAUGUUAAAGAAAAAAUGCAGUUAGAUAAUAUUAUAAAUCAUUUACAUAAGAAUGAAGCAAAAAAUAAUUUAACUAAUGAUAGUAAUAAUAAUUAUAUUAAAAAUUCCAAUAAUCAUCAUAAUAAUACAAAUGAUUACGUGGAACAAGAUAAUGAUUAUUUUUAUUCUAUUAAUAAUGAUACUCCAUUAUAUAAUAGAAGUAUUGAAAAAGAAGAAAAAUUUGUAUCAUUAAAAAAGAAAAGGGAAGAAUCCUACAUUAAUAGUAAUAAUAAUUUUGAUAUAUUUAAUGAAGAGAAAUUACAGUAUUUAUAUAAAUGUGAAAAAAUUUACAAAAAUUCAUUAAAUAAUAGGAAAAAAAUUUUAAAAAAAAUACAAAAUAUAAAUAUGAAAAAUAAUUUAAUUAGCCUUGACAAAAUUUUUAUAUCUAAAUUAGAAAUUGAUGAAAUGAAGUUAAUAAUAAAUAUAAAAAAUAGAAGUUUAAGCUACGAUAAAAAAAGUCAAAUAAUGGAAUCAAAUGUUAUGAAUGCAUUGGUUGUUCUAAUUAUGAAUAUUCCAAAUAUUAGUGAUGCACAUAUACAUUUUGAUAAAGAAGUAAAAAAAAAUAUAUGUGGUUCAUUAUAUGUGUUGUUAUUUGAUGAAAUUAUGAAUGAUUAUAUUAAUCCAGGAAUUAAUCAAAUGUUUAAUGUUUUAGGUGCUGUAGAUUUUAUUGGAAAUCCGUUAAUAAUUUACAAGCAUUGGAAAAAGGGUUAUAUUGCAUGUAUUGAAGAUUUAAAAAAGAGUGUUGAUGCAUGUUCUUUCCCUUUAUUAUUUUGUAUUUUGUUAUUAAAUACUUUGGGAAAGUUUGGAAAAAGUUUAUUAUCAGGACUACUUGAUAGUGUUAGUAGAUUAUGUGGUAGUUGGAGUACUUGUUUUGAAAGAUUUUCAAGAAAUGCUGAUAAUUACAGUAUUUUUACAAAUAGUAAUUUUUUACAAAAUGAAAUUUUAGAUCAACCAUCAAAUUGUGCUGAAGGAAUUUGCUAUGGGUGCCAAUCAUUUUUAAGCAUUAUUACUAUUAGCUGUGCUAAUACUUUUUACAAACCUUUUAUUGCUAUAAAAAAAAGCAAAGAUGUUCGAAAAAAUGAAAAAGAUAAAUUUAAAAUUUUUCUGUCUACUUUAAAAGUUCUAUCUUAUGGAUUAUUCAGUGGUUUUAGUAGUUUCUUCUUUGGAAUAUUUAAUAGUAUUUUUUCUUUUUUCACCUUUUUAUUUAUUGGUACUUUAAAUCAAAUACAAACAUUGACUAUGAAAUCUAUCAUUAGACCAAAAAAAAUGAGCAUAAUAAAAGAUUAUGCAAAAUUUGUUGAUUAUGAAUAUCCUUUAUCAUUUUCUUAUCAUGUCAUUAAUGAAGAAAAGAGAAAAAAAGAACUCUUAAAAAAAAAUAUUGUAGCCAUUAUUCUAUUAUAUACUAUAAAGGAGAAUAUUCCUAGUAAUAUAAAAAGUUUCUUAUGGAUUAGUAAUAAAGAAAUAGGAUAUUGCCAAAAGAAUAAAUUGUUGUGGUGCUUAUCUAUUAAUUGCAUUAUGAAAGUUGACAUUUUAUUAAUUCAAAUGGAUAAUGGCCAAACAAAAAAUUGUUCAACUAUAAGUUAUAAUAAAAAUAAAAAUAAAAUUAAUAAUAAAAGUUCUAGUUUAUAUAAUAAUAAUAAUAAUAAUAAUAAUAAUAAUAAUAAUAAUAAUAAUAAUAAUAAUAAUAAUAAUAAUAAUAAUAUAAAUGAAGAGAAAAAUAAUAAAAGUAAAACGAAAUGGAAUCUCAGAAGUAUUUUUAAUCCACACAAUUUUAGGCAAUUUGGUGAUUUUAAACCUUCUUAUUAUAUUAGAAUACUUUAUCGAUCGUUAUAUAAAAUAAAAAAAACAUAUAGAAAAAACAAGGUUAAUAAUUUUUUAUUUAAUAAAAAAAAUAAAUCAUAUUAUAAAAUGAAACAAAUUUUAAAAAAAAAUACUUACGAAAAGUAUUUUGAAAAAAAUUUCAAAGAGCAGUUAUCCUAUGACAAAGACGAAAAUUCUAGAUCAGAUAUAGUGAAUAAUAAUGAUUAUAAAAGAAACUGCAAAAUAAAAAAUAAUAUUCAAAAAACAGAAGGACAUUAUUCAAAUAGUCAAAGUCAUAAUGAAAUUAAUAACCUAACAAAGGUAAAGAAUUAUAAUGAUUUCAUUUUACAAAACGAUGAAAUAAACAAGAAAGAGGAAUGCAAAAAAAACUAUACAUAUAAAUACCAGCAAAAGGAUAUAAAAAUUAAUGAACAAGCAAGAAGUAUAAAUAAAUUAAAGAGUAAAAAAAUGAAUUCCCAUAAAAAUAAUGUUUACAAAAAAAAAAAAUAUAUAUAUAUUUCUAAGUUAGUCAAAUGUGAAUCUAAAGAAGUUGCUCUUCAUGCUUUUUCACUUCUUUUAUCAUUUAUUAUACAUAAAUCUCCUUAUUAUUUGAAAACUGUAAAUUAG